UCUCAAGCUGUUCAACCAUGAAGAAAGGGUUAGUGCUCGGAAUUUAUGAAACAGAAAAAAAAGACGAAAAUGAAAAGAUUAAUUUAACACCAACAGCAAGUAAAUACAAUGAAAUUUGUGAUGGAAAGCUACUCAAACAAAUUAAGUUGAGGAACUAAGCGGAGAAAUCGUGAAAAAAAAUUCUAUUUGCUGGCAAAUGAACUUUUAAUUUUAAAAAAGCGUUUAAUUAUCGAAAAAAAUAAAAUAAAAAUGGCAACUGGAGAAGCUGGAAGUAGUGGAGGAACCGUUCUCCAUGGAAUCGGCGGAACAAUUGAGGAUAAAAACAACGAUUUUCUUUGUCCAAUUUGCUUUGAAUUGAUAUUCGAAGCACAUAUAACUCGUUGUGGUCACACAUUUUGCUAUCGAUGUAUAACAAAAUCCCUUGAAAUUAAUGGCAGGUGUCCUAAGUGUAGUGAUAUUUUAGGACAACAGGAUAUAUUUCCAAAUUUUCUUUUAAAUGAAUUAGUCUCCAAGUACAAAACUCGUAUUAAAAAAGUUGCGGAAUUAAAUUUUUCCGAAGGAAAAGUAAAAUCUGGUAUUGAAAUUGUACCGCCUAAUGAUGGACUACGAGAUUUUGUUGCUACAGAAAGUGCAAAUCUCACAUUACCCGAUGUUAAUGUAAUGUUGGAAGUUCUUACACAAAGGAAACAAUUACUUGAGGCAGAAUCGUGUGCAGCACAAAAUAAACUUCUUCAUGAAUUUUUACAAAAUGUCCUUCAACAAAAAGAAGAGCGCGGUCGUCAAUUACAUAACGAGAUUGCCCUCAUUAAAAAAGAUAUGGAAAUUGUGGAAAAUAUUCUUCGUGAUGUACAAAUGAAAUGUCCACGUGUUGAAAAUCUUAAGGCUCCAAGUGCCAAUGAUUCGGAACAAAUAUCAGAUAUGAGAAAAGAAAUGAUAAAUAUAAUAAAUAAUAUUGAUUCAAAUAUGGUGAAACCAAACGAUGGUGAGACCAUGAGUUCAUCAUUGGCAAUUCGUCGUAAAAGAAUGCAUGCACAUUUUGAUGAUUUUGUUCAAUGUUACUUUGAUACAAGAGCAAAGGAACAUUUAUUUAAUCAAGGAAAAACACCAAGUCAAGAUCCAUUGUCGCAAACAAGUUCGGGUCUUGAUAUUUUUCGUGAGAAUUUGGUAAAAUUCUCAAGAUACAAUUCUUUAAGACCUUUGGCAACUUUAAAUUAUUCAUGGGAAAUUUUUAAUAAUCCAACAAUUGUUUCGAGUAUUGAAUUUGAUAAGGAUAAUGAAUUUUUUGCAAUUGCGGGCGUGACGAAGAGAAUAAAAAUUUUUGAUUAUGGUGCCGUGAUUCGAGACACGGUUGAUAUUCAUUAUCCUUGUGUUCAAAUGGUAUCGGAUUCGAAAAUUUCCUGUAUCUCUUGGAAUUCUUAUCAUAAGAAUAAAUUAGCCUCGUCUGAUUAUGAGGGAAUUGUUGCCGUUUGGGAUGCAGAGGCUGGACAGAAGACAAAAGUUUUUCACGAACAUGAAAAAAGAUGUUGGUCAGUGGAUUUUAAUAAUAUGGAUAGUCGAUUAAUUGCUUCGGGUUCAGAUGAUGCGCGUGUAAAACUUUGGUCAUUAAAUAUGGAUUAUUCAUUUGCAUCGUUGGAUGCAAAAGCCAAUGUUUGUUGUGUCAAAUUUAAUCCACAAAGUUCUCAUCAUUUGGCAUUUGGAUCGGCUGAUCAUUGUGUACAUUAUUAUGAUUUAAGGAACAUGAAGGAGGCACUUUGUGUAUUUAAAGGACAUCGAAAGGCUGUGUCGUAUGUGAAAUUUCUAAAUAAAGAAGAAAUUGUUUCGGCGAGCACAGAUUCACAAUUAAAAAUGUGGAAUAUAAAUAAUCCGCAUUAUUUGAGAUCGUUUGUUGGCCAUGUGAAUGAAAAGAAUUUUGUUGGUUUAGCGACCGAUGGAGAUUACAUUGUCAGCGGUUCGGAAAACAAUGCCGUUUAUGUUUAUUACAAAAGACUAUCAAAGCAGCUUUUAUCGUACAAAUUUGGACCAGCGAGAAGUCUUUUAGAAUUUCAAGAGAGGAGAGAAGAGGAUCUCAAUGAAUUUGUUUCUGCAGUAUGUUGGCGACAAAAUUCUAAUGUCAUUGUUGCUGCCAAUUCACAGGGAUUGAUUAAAAUUUUAGAAUUAGUCUAAAAUGAAAACUCCUUAUUUAUAUAGAAUUUAUGAACAUUAUUUUAAAUUCCUUUUUUUUUGGUAAAAAAAAUAUGUACUGAUGCUUUAGAAUCUUAUUGAAUUUAAAGCCAAUGAAUAAGGCCUUACUUAAUUAAAAGUUAAAGCCUAAUUUUAAUAAAUAAAAGUCCACAAUGUGAUAAACAACGACAAAAUGUUAAGAUUAUAAUUUGUCCAAUAAUAAUAAUAAUUUUAAUCGAAAUGAAUGUGGAAAAUUCAUUAAUUAUAAGUCACGAAGCACAAAAACAAUUUAUCAUUCAAUUUAUUGAUAAUGAUAUAAUGCUUUAUGACUUGUGCAAGAGACUUAAAAUGAAAAUUAAUAGUUUUUACUCGUUUUCUGCGAUUGUAUCAAAAUAAUUCUUACAGUACAAUCUAGAAUAAAAAAAUGAAAAUUAAUGAUAAUAAUCGCAGAAAAAUGUUCUUUACACUUUAAAGAUACGUAGAUAAUGAAUGUAUCAUUCGUUUGAUUCGUUACAUUGUUGUAAUUUUUAUUAUUUUUUUUUU